GAGAGAGCCCCGUGCUCCAGGGGCUUAGUACCGUUCAAAGAUGCAGGCUGCUGAGAUGAUGCGUGGUACCAGAGUCGUUUACGAUCUUGUGGUUCUAAUAUCUCUCUCGGUUGCCUAUGUCCAUUCGUACCCACUUCAAGUAUUACCUGUCAUCCCGGGCUAUAUUCCGGUUUAUAUAAGGCACGGUGAUCAACCACUGGAGGAAAUAAAUCUCGCGUUAGCCGAGGCAUUUCACGAAGGACCGAACUUAUCUAAGAAGACCAAUUUAGAUGAUAUUUCUGAUUCUCUGGAUAUUAUUUCUGACGAAGAUGAAGUGAAUAAAUACAGUGUUAAACUAACGAUUAAACAAGUGAACAAUCAGUUUAAUUCUCAAGAUGCGAAGAAUAUCAAAUUAAAAGAGGAGGAUGUAAGAGAGGAGAAAGAUAUCGAAAAAAAUGAAAAUAAAUAUCCGAGAAAAAUAAUUGCAUCAAAGCCUGUUUUUAAGGUUAACUCAUUAGCUAAAGAAGAAAAUGAAGAUCUUAAAAACUUGAAGAUUGAUAUUGAAGAAGAAAUCAAAAAUUUAGACAAUACACACGAUUCCAAUCUUUCUAAAUCGUCGUCAGAUGAGUCGAAUCAAAAGAAUGAUGAACGAAUUUUUAAUGCAAUUAAAAUGGACGAUCGAAUCAUCACUGAUGAUUCAACGACGAUAUCAAAGGAUAUCCUGCAACAUCUUGCUGAAGAAGCUCUUACAACUCCAUUUACAAUAAAUGAUAAAUCACCUAUCAAGGAACAACCAGUCCAGAAUAUUAUAUCUAAUGUUCAAAAAUUGUCGCAUUUAUCAAAAAUAUUAUCGACACCGGAAAAGGAACAAACGGAGGAUCAAUCUAGAAAUGGAUUCGAAGUGAAGAUGAUAAUAUGAUUGGAAUUAAAAUCAUAAAAUGAUAAUAUACCAUUUAUAGUGAGACUUAUUUAUAGCAAUAUGGACAGUAUAGAAUUUUGUGAUACAACCUGUCCGAUGGAUUUUAACAUUCAGAUGUUUAUUGUCAAGUGUUAUAAAUCGAAUUACAUUAUUGUGUAUCAUUGAUCUAUGAUAAUAAUACGAGAUGCAAAUAUGCUCGAAUAAAAUACAUUUAUCUCUCGA